UUCUGUUUCAACAAUUCUCUGAGCCAUGUUCGUAAGCUUAACAUGUUAUUAGAUACGAAGCCAUAAUCUAGUAAAUUAGCUAGGUAUCACCACAUAUUAUAUAGGUAUAAAAUAUAUGCAUGUAUGUGUGUGCGCAGAUUUAAAGGUCUGGCUUUUGCGAGUUAAGAAGUUCCAACUUUAAGUGAAAUCAUUCUCUUGAGGGAGGUCUUCUGUUGUAAAUAAUGACACAAGGAAAGAGAAGUUUUGACAAAAAGAAAUCAUUCGGACGAGCUGAUUUCCCCCAAGGUUUCCUGUUUGGAACUGCUUCAUCGGCUUACCAAUAUGAAGGAGCUGUGAAAGAAGGUUCCCGAGGCGAAAGUAUAUGGGAUACUUUUGCUCGCAAGUAUCCAGAAAGAAAUUGCCACUCUAAUGCGGACGAGACAAUCGAUUUUUAUCAUCGUUACAAGGAGGAUAUUCAAAGAAUGAAGGAUAUCAACAUGGAUUCUUUCAGAUUCUCCAUCUCCUGGGUCCGGAUAUUACCUCAUGGCAAACUAAGCAAGGGAGUAAACAAGGAAGGAAUUAGAUUCUACAAUGAGCUCAUUGACGAACUACUAGCCAAUGGAAUCACACCUCUCGCGACUUUGUUUCAUUGGGAUACUCCUCAAGCUCUAGAAGAAGAAUAUGGCGGUUUUCUAAGUGAAAACAUUACAAUGGAUUUCCGAGAUUUUGCUAACAUAUGCUUUGAGGAAUUUGGAGACCGAGUGAAGCUAUGGUUGACGAUAAACGAACCAUGGGUCUAUAGCGUAGGUGGCUAUGAUGCCGGAAGAAAAGCACCAGGACGUGCCUCAAAAUACAUGAAUGAUGCAGCCACAGCCGGAAAAUCUGGUCAUGAGGCUUAUAUCGUUAGUCACAAUCUUCUUCUUUCUCAUGCAGAAGCCGUUGAAGCCUUCAGAAAUUGCCAUAAUUGUAAAGAUGGUAAGAUCGGUAUGGCGCAUUGUCCUUUAUGGUACGAGCCAUAUGAUGUAACUUGUGACGAAGAUGUAGAAGCAGCCGAGCGAGCUAUGGAGUUUAUGUUUGGAUGGCACAUGAAUCCUACGGUGUAUGGAGAUUAUCCUGAAGUGAUGAAGAAGAUAGUAGGAAAGAGAUUACCGUCUUUUACCGAAAGCCAAUCAAGAAAGUUAAAAGGAUCUUUUGACUUUAUUGGAAUAAACUAUUACAGCUCUGUUUACGCUAAAAACGUUGAUGAAGUGGAUCCAGACAAGCCGUUCUGGAGAUCAGACCAACAUGUUGAAUGGAAAAAACAAAAUAAGGCGGGCAAGGCCAUCGGUGCACAGGGUGGGGUAGAGUGGAACUUGAUGUAUCCACAAGGACUACGAAAAGUUUUGAAUUACGCCAAGAAUAAAUAUGGAAACCCUAAAUUUAUAAUCACCGAAAAUGGACAUUGUGAUGCAUACGAAGAGAAGAAGCCAAAACUGUACGAGUUGAUGGAUAUGAAGAGGACUGAUUAUCACAAGAAACAUAUUAGCAACGUUCACCAAGCCAUAUACGAGGAUGGAGUCCAAGUGGAUGGAUAUUUUGCGUGGUCGUUGUUGGAUAACUGCGAAUGGAACUGUGGAUAUGAAAUACGGUAUGGAUUGUUCUACGUAGACUACGAGAAUGGGCUUAAGCGUUAUCCAAAAAUGUCAGCUAUGUGGUUCAAGGAAUUCCUGAAGGAAAAAGAUGAUGAUAAGAUCAAGAAACCACAAGUGAAAAGGGUUAAGAUAUCAGAGUUUUGAAGUUUAACAAGUGUAAUGUAAUAAGGUUGAUAUGGUCAUUUGCUUACUACAUAUAAUUAAGUUUUCUUUUAGUUUUGUACCCCAGGAGAAGAGUUUUUCUCCUGUCCAAAAAUAUAUAUUCAAAAAUUCAAAAUAAAACAAAAUUUCAGAAAUUUUAUAAAA